GCCCCAUCCCAGCAUUACUCCUCAUAAAGGCCCCUGGCCCAGUCUCUCCUCUGAUGGAGCUUAGAAGCAGGAGAGGUGCAAAGAUGGCUUCUUGGGCACGGCUGGCAGCUCUGCUCCUCCUGGGGGUGGCAGCCUGUGCCGCCAGACCACGAGGAAGGAUUCUAGGGGGCAGGGAAGCCGUACCCCACCUCCGACCAUACAUGGCAUCCAUUCAGGUAGACGGGAAGCACUUGUGUGGGGGCUUCCUCCUGAAUGAGCAGUGGGUACUGAGCGCAGCCCACUGUGUGGAGGACAUAUCAGCGGAGUCAACUGUUAGGGUGCUGCUGGGAGCUCACUCCUUGACCCAGCCAGAACCUUCCAAGCGUCUUUAUGAGGUCCGAAGCCUCUUUCCACACCCAGAAAGUCACCCUGACAACAUCCACCAUGACAUUCUUCUCAUCCAGCUGUCUGAGAAGGCGACCCUAGGCCCCGCCGUGCAGCCCCUCCCAUACCAGAGGGAGGCCAGGGAUUUAGCUGGAGGCACACCCUGCUCGGUGGCCGGCUGGGGCAUUAUCAGCCACGCGGGGCGGAAGCCGGACCGGCUGCAGCAAGUCGAACUGCCCAUCAUGGACCGAGCCGUCUGCAAUCAGCGCAUCUACUACGACAAUGACAUCACCGACAAGAUGAUCUGCGCGGAGAGCCACAGGAAGGAUGCUUGUAGGGGUGACUCUGGGGGUCCCCUUGUCUGCAAUGGCGUGGCUGAAGGCAUCGUGACGUCGGGCUCCCGGGUGUGCGGGAACCGGAAGAAGCCAGGCAUAUACACUAAGAUUGCCAGCUACGUGGGCUGGAUCGACAGUGUCCUGGCCUCUGCAUCCUGAGGGUCCCUGCCCCUAGGGGUCAGCGACAGUCUCUGAGGAUCUCAAAGCACCUAAUACACAUUGCCUUGAUAAACGCGGUUGACCUUGGAGUCUCUUAGCAUAAAAUGUUCUCCUCCCCCUGUGUAUGGGGAUCCAAGGAGGAGUGAUAAGCAGGGAAAUGAGGUGGGACUGAUGAGCAGGACCCUAUCCCCAGUUAUGAGAUGGGGGAACUCUCAAUAAAGCUUUCAAUGCAAAACCCUCA